UCACUGUAACUGCAUGUUAAUAUUUGAAGGUGCAGCUAAAUGUGAGGUCUCAUGGCUGAGGAAAGGUAGACUCAGAUGGAAUACGUUCAAACGCUGGAUCGGCACAGACUGCCACCGUGGUCCAAAAUGCAGUGGCAAAGCACCCAAUGUAUCUUCUAUGAGUGCAAGUGUAAGACAUCCUGAAGAUAAGGCUCCAGUGGAUGUCAAGAUGUUUAUCCCAUACGACUCUGCCAAGCUAUGCAUAACCCAAAUAGCAGAUGAUAUGAUUGCAAUGAAAAGCAGACAUCAGGAGAUGAUUCAAGAACUGGAGGAGAACUUUCUCACUGCAUCACGAGAGAAUCAGGAAAAAACAGCUCUUAAAAUGAGAACGUAUUACCAAAACAAGCUUAACACCCUGAAGAGAAUCCUAGAUAUUUACCAGGAAAAAGUGACCAGAAAAAAUGCAUACUGGGAGGAGAAGGUCAGGACACUAGAAGAUCUAAAUGAAAAACUUAAGGGGGAACACAAAAUACUUCAGGAGAGGAACCAAAAAGACUUGGCCUCAUGGGAUCAAGAAAAGAACAAGAUGAUGGAAUUGUUCUCUUCCCGACUGGACCUCCUUCACAACCACCAGGCAUCAACACUGCAGGAGCUGCAUUUGGCCAGGGCAGAGAUGGGGAAGGUCCAGGAGAUGCUCGAGACCUUUCAGGAGAAGAAAGAACAAGAAAGCACAUCUGAAGAAAAGGACAGUAGUGACUCCGUUGUACCACUAGAUGGAGCACAAGCUCGUCUGGAGAUUUUGAAGGAUAACCUCUUGAAGAGGGAGAGAGAGAUCUCAAUGCUCAUGGAAGGACAAGACCAUGUGACAGACCCUGUUGAGCUGUCAGUAUAUGCUCGCCUCCUCAGUGCUGUUAUUCAACAGGCUCAUUAUGUUUGUGCUGAGCUGACAGAGGCUAGACAACAGUUUGACCAAAUGGCAGAGGACAACCAAAAAAUUCUGGCAAAGAUAAAAGAAAGUCUUGACCAAACAGUGGAAGAGUCCUGCCAGAAGAGCCAUGAGGAACAAGAGGAUGCACAGCAGAAAAUGGCAGAGCCACAGGUGGGGGACGAAUCACAGGCCAGAUUACGGCAUCAUGAGGUCAUACAGGUGGCUUUGGAGUGCAUCAGAGCAGGGGAUAAACCAACUGUCAUUGAGACUGACACGACUGAGGCAUGGACAGCAGAGCUGGAUGAAAGAGUCAGAAAAUUUGAGGAGGAUUUCCGAAAGAAUGGAUUCUUAGAUUCUGAAACUGAUAAAAGUGUGGGGCAGCAGUUGUUGUUACUGCAAACUGAGUUGAAGCAAAUCAAAGAUGAAAACAAGAAGAUUAUUGAAAACUACACAGCUGAAAGAACCUUGAGGAAGAAGUACUACAACAUGGUGGAGGACAUGAAAGGCAUAGUAUAUCACAAACAUACAGUCUGACUAAAGACAUAAAAAUGUCUUUAUAUAUAGGAAUUGUUGGCAGAUGCAACAUGAACUGGAAUGUCCCUUUUGUGGGUAUGUACUAUUUAUUCUGUGUCUUUCAGCCAAAUGUCUCCAAGACCCUUGACCGCUUUCCCAGCAUUCUUUUUUCCUAUUUUAAAGUUGUAUUCAAAUCCAACAGUGAUACGGUUGAAUGCCAAAAGUCUGAAAACCAACUACAGGCAUUUCUUUAACCAUUUUAAGGGGUUUUCAUUAAUUUGCUCGGCUUAAAUGUGGAAUAUUCUUGAUAUGCACUAGCAUUCCACAUUUUGGGUUUUUAAUGUUUUACAAAGAAUUCUCUUAUUCUCACCAAGGCUUCAUUUACUUCAUCAGAUAUAUAGAGAAAAUUG